AUGGAGAUCAAACCUGGAUUGUCAGCACUCGUCACUGGCGGUGCCUCUGGGAUCGGUAAAGGUCUUGUUCUAGCUCUGGCAGAGAAAGGUGUAUUUAUAACAAUUGUUGAUUUUUCUGAAGAAAGAGGAAGACAACUCGCAACCGUUGUCGAGAAAAUUAAUACAAAGUUUCAUCCUAAGUUACAACAUCCAUCUGUGAUAUUUGUGAAAUGCGAUGUGACCAACUCGAAGGAUCUGGCUGCUGCAUUUGAGAAGCACAUUUCGACUUAUGGAGGACUAGACAUUUGUAUUGUCAGUGCGGGGAUUGAAAACCCUGUACCGUUUGAUAAGGAUGAAACGGACGGCACUCGAUCGUGGAGACAUACUCUUAAUGUGAAUUUUAUUGCUGUUUUUGACACUACCCGCCUAGCGAUUAAAAGCAUGGCAGCGUUGAAAAGGCCUGGGGUGAUCAUCAAUUUGGGUUCUGCUUCGGGUCUUUAUCCGAUGUAUCUUGACCCUAUCUAUAGUGGCUCUAAAGGUGGUGUUGUUAUGUUUACUAGAGCACUUCGUUUAUACAAACGUCAAGGAAUUCGAGUCAAUGUGCUUUGCCCUGAGUUUGUUGAAACUGAGAUGGGCUUAAAGGUGGAUCCCAAAUUCCUUAAUAUGAUGGGGGGCUUUGUACCUAUGGAAAUGGUGGUGAAAGGUGCUUUUGAGCUCAUCACGGAUGAGAGUAAAGCCGGUGAUUGCCUAUGGAUUACUAAUCGUCGAGGUCUGGAGUAUUGGCCAACCCCAUCAGAAGAAGCUAAAUACACGAUUCGUUCUAAUCGUCUUAGAAGAAGAACUGAAUACAAAGCUCCGUCAAUUAAACUACCCGAGAGUUUUGAGAAAAUAGUUGUUCAUACCUUGACUCACAACUUUCGUAAUGCUACCGGCUUAGUGAGAGCACCACUAAGAUUACCUAUCAAAUCAAACAAUGUUCUUGUUAAGAUAAUUUAUGCUGGUGUAAAUGCUAGUGAUGUAAAUUUUAGCUCAGGCCGCUAUUUUGGUGGCAAUAACAAUGAUACUGCGUCCCGUCUUCCAUUCGAUGCAGGAUUUGAGGCUGUGGGAAUCAUUGCAGCAGUUGGGGACUCGGUCAAUGACUUGAAAGUUGGCAUGCCGUGUGCAUUCAUGACUUUUGGAGGUUAUGCUGAAUUCACAGAGAUUCCUUCCAAAUACGCACUUCCAGUGCCUAGACCAGAUCCAGAAGGUGUUGCCAUGCUUACAUCAGGAUUAACAGCUUCAAUUGCUCUAGAUAAGGCAGGGCAGAUGGAAUCUGGAAAAACAGUCCUUGUUACUGCUGCAGCCGGAGGAACCGGUCAAUUUGCCGUUCAGCUUGCAAAAUUAGCAGGUAAUACCGUGGUUGCCACCUGUGGAGGUGGGGCAAAGGCCAAGCUUCUAAAAGAGUUGGGAGUCGACAGAGUCAUAGACUAUAAUGGCGAAGAUAUAAAAACGGUUCUAAGGAAAGAGUUCCCGAAAGGUAUUGACAUCAUCUAUGAGUCUGUUGGCGGUGACAUGCUAAAAUUGUGUUUGGAUGCUUUGGCAGUCCAUGGACGACUCAUCGUCAUUGGCAUGAUUUCUCAGUAUCAAGGAGAAAAAGGCUGGACACCGUCAAAGUAUCCCGGACUAUGUGAGAAGCUCUUGUCGAAGAGUCAAGCCGUGGCUGGUUUUUUCCUGGUGCAAUAUAGUCACAUGUAUCAAGAACAUCUUGAUAAACUAUAUGACCUUUACUCUAAGGGAAAACUAAAGGUUGCUGUGGAUCCAAAGAAGUUUAUAGGCCUGAAUUCUGUUGCAGAUGCUGUUGAGUAUCUCCAUUCAGGCAAAAGUGUUGGGAAGGUGGUUGUAAGCGUCGACCCAACGUUCGCCAAUCAAGUAGCCAAAUUAUGA